AUGAAGGAUAUUCAUUUUUAUUAUUGUUAAUUUACUAAUAAUUCGCGAAUCCAGUGCUCUGACUCUCAAUUUAGUGGCUGAAUAGUAGAAACAAAGUUUCUUUCAAACAAUAACUAAACUUAAUUAUUCGCCCUGCAGGCAAAAAGACUUAACAGGUGUACAAAACAAGACGAUGUUUUUUUUUUCCCUUUGCCUCUGUACCUGAAAAGAACUGUCAAAUUUUGAAUGUGAACUUGGUAUUUUUUGUACGGUUUUCUUUACACGAAGAGUGAAAUUCUGUUUAGUGUAAAACGUGAGUUUCGAGUUUUAAAAGAACAGCACUUUUGUUACAAGUUAAUAAAUUUUUUUGUUCUCGAUUGUAAAAUACUUCGUAUGUUAGGUAGGGUAAAAUGGGAAAAACUAUUCCUGUAGGACCGAAAUUUCACUUUGAGGAAGCGUAUCAAACGUACAUAAAAAAAAUAUAAAUUGAUUUUCCUAUAUCCGUAUGUAAAAUGUGCACUGGUUCAUUUGUUUUUCAGUGUAUAGUGAAUUUUAAUGGAAAUUAAUGAGCUGUAACUAUUAGAAAGCAGAAAUGAAACUUUAUACAUAAUAGAGCAUGUUACAAAUCAUUGCUUAAAUUCAUGUAUAAGAGUUAUAUAUAUUUAGGCACGAAAACUUAUUGGUGCAAAUUUUAAAAAAUUGAUUUUUAAUAGAGAUUUACUGGAUUUUGAGGUAAGCUUAUAUUAUAUGAGAGAUGAGCCUCUUAGCCUCUUACACCAAUGUGCAUUAAUGUUUUCACGUAGGUAAUAAAAUGUGUAUUUCCAGUAGAUUAAAAAAAAAAUUAGUGUGAAGCAUUAAAGAAAUAAUUUGGAUAAAGGUUUAAACCAAUUGCACUUGUAUUGAUGCAGAACAUAAAUAUCACCAUAACAUAGUAACAAGUUGAAUGAAAUUGAAACAGUAACAAGUACAUAUUUAUGUGUGCAGGGAGGAAUUUUUAUGUACAGGAGGAAUUGAACGAGUCAUUUUGCCAAAAAAGUUAUUUAAACUGUAUGCUUUUUCACACUGAAGAGAAACAGGAUGUGUUAGGUAUAUAACAAGUCAUUUCAGGAAAACAAUAAGUCUUAUGUGUGUCCAUACUGAAGGGUAUAGGGUUUUUAACAUGCUCAUUUUGGCGAAAAGGUGACUCUAAGAAAAAUUAUUUUACACAUAAAAAAGAUACCCAAUGUCCUAGAAUUGUGUAGAAAGUCGAGUAAGAAAAGAGAUCAUUUUGAAAAAAACAUGUACAUAUAUAUCAACAUAGAAAAAAGGUCACAUGUGGUAUAACAAAUGAUUGAAUUAAAUCAAUAUAUGCAUGUUCACACAAAAGAAGAACUUCAUAUAUGCCAGGAAUGUAACAGGUCAUUUAGAGAAAAACGUUAUUUAAAGAAACAUAUGUUUAUUCACACAGGAGAGAAACCUCAUGUCUGUGAAGUAUGUAAAACGUCAUUUAGACAAAAAGCUGAUUUAAAAAUUCAUACUCUUAUUCAUACAGGAGAAAAGCAUUAUGUUUGUGAAGUAUGUAACAAGUCAUUUAGACACAGGUGUGCUUUAAAUAGGCAUACUCUUAUUCAUACGGGAGAGAAAUGUUAUUGCUGUGAGGUAUGUAAUAAGUCAUUUAGACGAAAGAGUGAUUUAAGUCAGCAUAUGUUUACUCACACAGGAGAAAAACCUUAUGUGUGUCAGGUAUGUAACAAGGCAUUUAGACAAAUGGCUAAUUUAGACAGGCAUAUUCGUAUUCAUACUGGAGAAAAACCUUACGAGUGUGAGGUAUGUAAACAUUUGUUUAGACAAAAGGGGGCAUUAAAUAGCCAUAUGCUUGUUCAUACUGAUUUAAAAAUGCAUACUCUUAUUCAUAAAGGAGAAAAACAUUAUGUUUGUGAAGUAUGUAACAAGUCAUUUAGACACAGAAGUGCUUUAAAUAGGCAUAAGCUUAUUCAUACGGGAGCGAAAUGUUAUCUCUGUGAGGUAUGUAAUAAGUCAUUUAGACGAAAAAGUGAUUUAAAUCAGCAUAUGUUUACUCACACAGGAGAAAAACCUUAUGUGUGUGAGGUAUGUAGCAAGGCAUUUAGGCAAAUGGUUAAUUUAGACAGGCAUAUUCGUAUUCAUACAGGAGAAAAACCUUAUGAGUGUGAGGUAUGUAAACAUUUGUUUAGACAAAAGGGUGCAUUAAAUAGCCAUAUGCUUAUUCAUACUGAAGGAAAGUCUUACGCAUGUGAGAUAUGUAACCUAACAUUUAAGCAAAAAACUGAAUUAAAUGUGCAUAGGCUUAGUCACACAGGAGAGAGACCUUAUGUUUGUGAGAUAUGUAACAAGUCAUUUAAAACUAAAUUCAAUUUUAAUAGGCAUAUGUUUGUACACACAGAACAGAAACCGUAUUUGUGCGAAGUAUGUAAGAAGUCAUUUAGACAAAAUCAUGAUUUGAAGAUACACAUGCUUAUUCAUACAUGAGUAAAGCCUCAUGUUAGAGAAAGAUUAAUACAAUUAGAAAGAGAAAAUUUGCAUAACCAUACAAGAAUAGGGUAUCUACGUAUUAUCCCGUUUAGUUUGAAACUUUUGCCAAGCAGUAUGAUUGAAUGAUAAUUAUGAAUAAGCAAGACAUAACAGUGUAUUCAUAGCAUCUGCAUUUUCAUUUGAUGCAACUUUGAUGAAUACUCGAUAAGCCACAUUCGUUUUUCAUGGACAAGAAUAUCAAUAUUAACUAUUAUUGAUGUACUUUUUAUUGAACUUUGAAAAAAAAUAUGAUUAAAAUUUUGGAUCUAUUUUGUAUAAAACAGUAAACAGUGGAUUAUUUUCAAAGUUAUGGUAUCCUGCAGUGAAAAAAUUAUGUAUUAGUGAAUGUGAUAUCGUCAGCUGAGUACUGUCAAUGAAACAGUUAUGGAUUAUAACAGUUACCUGCAGAAAAUAUGUAAUUAUAUGGUUUUUAACUGAGCCUUCGGUAAAAUUGAAAAGCUUAGUAAAAUAGUAGAAACUCAUGAAAGUGUUUGUUUGAAGUGGAGUCCAGAAACAAAGUGGGGUCGAAUACUGAUUGUUAUUAAAUAAAGAAGUAUCAGUUCCUUCAGAAUUCUGCAGUUAUGACUGGCACAAAUUUGGCAGGAUCUUCAGCAACUUUGUUCGAGGGUAGCAAACUUUCAUGGUUGACAGGAUAACACAUAAAUGCCAAGAAAUGCUUGUCUAUACUGCAGAGAAACCUUGUAAGAAUGAUAGAAGUUACUUUAAUUAAAGGCUGAGAUGAAAAAAUGGAGAUGGAUAAAAACCAAAAGUGUAUCAUUAUGUAACAAAGAUAAUAAGUUACCUGAAAAUUGGUAGAUUAUUUGCUAAUGACCAGUUAGAUUGUUAAGUUGAAUUCUUGUCUAACAUUGCUAUAAUAAUCUCAAAACCAUCUUUUUUUUUUUUUCCUUUUAAUUUCCAGAAUUAUUAUAUGGAAUUUCUGAAUUUUUGAUUAUAUAUUCCUCUCAUUCAUUUUCUUCUAAGCUUAACAUAUAUUGCUUAUUUAUUACUUUAUGAUAUAUUAUUAUUACUUAUGUUUAUUUUUUACUUUAAGUAUAUACAAAUUUUGCAUAAUGGUAAUGAGCCCAAUUUUCUGAGAUUAACUACUAAAUUGAGAAUGGAAAUAUUUAUUUCAGAAAUAACAAAUUUGAAACAACAAAUGGAUUAUUAUUUACUUUUGAUGUUUGCUGCAACUAAAUAUUGUAAUUAUAUGAAUUAGGAAUAUUCUACUCAUGCUCAAUUCAUGAAUUUGAAAUCAAAAUUCUCAUUUUUGCUAUUCCAUAUUGCUGUCAAAUGCAAUUUCUAUAGUUUUGGAAUUUAAAAUUAUUUUGAAAUGAGUUGAAUAUGUGUUGUGAAAUGUAUCUCAAUGUAUGUAAUUGCUGAUUGUAGCAAUUAAAUUCUGAGCUUCAUUCUCAUCUGUGGUAAAAUGAGUACAGUAAAAGCUUGGCAAAUGCCAAAUUUCAGAAGUGAAAAUUAUUAACAAUUGAUAUAAAGAAUGCAUUUCACAUCAAACAGCCAAAUGAUUGUAAGAAAAAAUUUCCAGCCUAAAAUUAUAAAGAGUCAUUUAAUUUAUUAUUAAUUUAAAUGUCAGAUACCUACUUUUAAAUUAUGACUGAUAAGGCCAUUUCAGACAGACAUGCUCAAGUAAAACAUCAUAUUCAAAUAAGAAAUUUUGUCUACCAUGUAAAUUGAUGGAGAUCUCAUGAAACUUGUGCCAGUCAUUCAGGUAGCAGUUUGAACAAACAGAUUGCUCUUUAUUUAGUUAGAUAACUAACAUACACAAGCUAUGUGCAGAAUAUAUAAAAAAACUUAAAUUGCUUGUCAUAAUUUUUCAUGUUGCACAACCAGUCUGUGAUCUUUUUCAGAUAAGUCCCACUGUCCUUGUUGCCAGGAUCCCAUAAUUUUGAAAAUACUUUAUUGUGUGUUGUUCUUUUGAAGGCAAGUCCCAAAUUUGAAUCAUUUUUUCAAAAUGCAGUUGAAAAACAGAUAAAUAGUGGUUAGUUUAUAUUGUUUUCUGGUACUUGGGAUUUAACACAACCACCUUAGUGCAGUUUGGUAAUUUUUUACUGAAGAAAAAAUUAUUUGGUGAAUUUUCGGAUUGCAAUUUAUGAUCGAUACAGUUACAUAAAAAACUUAUACGCAUGGUUCCGAGAGUUGGGUGACUUCUGUAACUGAGAUGGUUGCAGUAAUGCAUAAGUACCUGUUUUUACAGAACUUCUUGAGAAUUCGGUUUACAUAAAGCAAAAAAUCUUAUGACUGGGUUGUGAUAUCACACUUAUGCAUGAUUGGCACUAAAUUGUUCUGUUUAGUAGCAGUUUUUGUUUGAUUCAAAUCAUAGGCCUAUUCAGGCUUUAUGCCACAGUUACAAAUCUCUUAUUUAUUUGCUUAAUUAAAAAAAAUGGUUUCUAAAAUUAAAAAAUGGGUACUAUUCUGUUUUGAGGAUCGUAAAAAAAUUGCAGCAAAAAUGUAUGCACAAAAGCGCCAAAUCUAGCAAAC